AUGACUGCCCGUUCACGCCACCUGGCCGGCGUAGCCUCGCCUUCGCCGACGGCCUCACCGCCGCCGCCUGGGUUGAAGAAGGCGCCGGCCGCCGUUGAGACCCUCAACUCCGACUUCGUGGUGAUCCUGGCGGCCUUCCUCUGCGCCCUCAUCUGCGUCCUCGGCCUCGUCGUCGUCUCCCGCUGCACCUGGAUCCGCCGAAUUUGCGGCGGCCGGUCGCCGGAGCCGGCGGUUCCGGUGGCCGCCAACAAGGGCCUGAAGAAGAAGGUCCUGAAGUCCCUUCCGACGAUGACCCUGGGGGAACGCGAGCUCGCGGACCGGCCGGCGAAGCUCGCCGACUGCGCCAUCUGUCUAGCGGAAUUCGCCGCCGGCGAGGAGAUCCGGGUGCUGCCCCAGUGCGGCCACGCGUUCCACGUGGCGUGCAUCGACACGUGGCUGGGUUCCCACUCGUCGUGCCCCUCCUGCCGCGCGAUUCUGGUGGUGGCGCGGUGCAAGAAGUGCGGGAACGUGCCGGCGUCCGAUUCCCCCGCUGCCGGAGAUCGGCCGGAGGAGAGUGAGAGCCGUGUGGAUAGCUUUCUGCCUUGA